CAUUAUAAACUAAACUAGUCAAAAAAAGAAAGUUUGCGAAUAGCUUCUUUAUUUGACUUUUCCAUUUUCUGAAAACAUUUAGUUAAGUUUUUAUGAGUCACACUACAGCUGUGAACCACCCUUUCUAGCCUAACUUUAAAACUAAAAUACUCUUAAUUUAAACGAACAUUUGAUUAAAAUAAACAACCAGUGUUCAUUAUGUGACAUUUUAACAUAAAUUCAUUCGGUCAGUGUUCCGUUGAAAGCUGUGAUUGAUGGGAUUUUUCGGGAUUAGUAGUUUUGGAGACAACAUUAAUUAAAGAUAUUGAUAAAUCUGGAUGUCAACGUAAUGAACUAAUCUCCACCAUAGAACUGCUAUGUUAUCUAAAUUGUAAUUAAUUUAUUGUCUUAACUGUCUGUUUUAAAGUAUAGGAGCUAAUUAAAGUCGCGUUUGAGAAUCGAAUGUUAGAUGAUGAUGUAAGGGUAAGACAGGCAUUUGUUUUGUGUGACUUCACUUUAGGAAAGUAUGUGAUUAGAAUUAGUUACAUAUGUACCAAAAUACAGCUUUAAAUGAACCUUAAAUGUACCCUCUGCAAAAACCCUAAUGGAAUUCUUGCUCUCUGCUACAUUGUUUUAAAAAUACCCUACAUUUUAUCUGUAAUACCGAGAGCAUUCACAAUUUACAACCAAUAUUAAAGUUUAAUCUUAAAGCUCAUGUUCUCAGUAAAAAAGGGUCCAAGAGACCAUUAUGAUUGCAGGUGAGUGCUAGCACACCAAUUAUGUAGUCUAUCUUAUCUUACGAGACACGACUCACACUUUUUUAAAAGUAAAGUACGGUUUUUCAUCUAGAAAAAGUACCCAUUAUGCCAUUAUGUCACGUAUUUUUUGGGCAAGCUCAUAAAUUAUUAUUAACUGGCUUCAUUAACCUGCAUAACGUCAUAAACACGUUAUUCGCUGUCACAACAGGCCGGGAGUAUUUUUGGAAAAGGUCAAAAAAGGAAAGUUCGUAUACCAGACAGUAUAACUCACUUGACGAAAAUUGUUUACACGGACGCGACUAUAAAAUGAGCAUUCCAAUUAAUUGACGUCCGUAUUUUAAUCCUGUUAAUUUGAAGGGGAGAAAAAAGCUAAUUUUACUCACAAUGCCCCGACAGUAAUGUAAAGAAAAAUAAAAACUUGUAAAAGACCUCGCGGUAUGCGCAUGCGUCGGUCAAUCUUCUCGUAAUGUCAUUUGUCGAUGGAAUCAGGACGCGGAGCGAGGUUUUAUCGUACGAGAGAAAGGGACGAAAUAUAUAGCCGUCGCGCCACCCCAAGUCGUGAGGCAACAUUUGUAUUUAAUUACUUCGUUUACAGACACUUGAUUUACGAAUCGCUUAAUUUGAAAGUGUUGAUUUAAGUUUUGAUGAGAGAGCCUGCUUUCCAGAAGUUAUAACGACACCCACCAAUAAAUCAGUUUGUUUUAAACUCAACCGCGCGUGUAACGUGAGAAAUGUGAGGACAUAAACGUAUUUAUGAUGCAGUUACAACAAUUUCAACAAAUGAAAGCGUGUACAGCAAGGAUACAUUAGUUAAACAUUUAACAUCGUAAAAACUCAGUCAUUACCGACGCACCAUAAUUCUAUUUAAAUUCCUACGCAACAUCCUCAUUCAAUAUAAUUGGUUAUAACAGUCCGGUGCACUGUCCACAACACAAAUUAUACUAUUAUCCUUAGCUAGAAUAACUUCAAGGGUCGUUAAUGUGUAAAUCGAUUGCCAUGCAUGGUACGACAUCGCGCUGUCGCAUACUAAACGAUAAACGACUCAACAAGCGUUAUAAUCAAAACAAUAUUAAAAUUCCUCAUUACUAUUGCAGACUUGGCGGCGAUACGGCAGCUGCUGGAGAGCGAGACGGGCGGCACGACAUGCCCCAGCUGUAACAUGCCCUUUGACAAGGGCAAGAAGAGGAAACUGAUCGACACUUGCGGGCAUGAGCGGUGCUACUCGUGCAUGUUCCGGAACGAGGCGUGUCCGUCGUGCGCGAGGAACAGCCAAGCCCAGCGGCGGCCCGUGAUGGAGAGGUACACGCCGUCGCCGCAGCGGCAGGAGCCCGAGUGGCAGUCCCCGCUGCGCCUGCCCAAGCCGCCCAAGCAGCCCUCCAGUCUGGCGCAGUCCUGCCCCACGCCGCCGCACACCAGGAGAAGAUUCUUCCUCAGCCCGAAAUCGCUGCGCAGCCCUUUCGGGCAGCGCGCGCGCCACUCUCACGACAACCACGUGCCCCUCUCCGGCUUGCCGGAGGAAGGUCCGAGGAACGCGGCGUGGCAUAGCCUGGUCUUCAAUAAGAUCAGGUCGCUGUGGUCCACGCACUCGUCCGUGCCGCAAGGACUCAACCAACUUACAGGCACGAAGUCUUAAUUUUGCAUUGGAAUGUGGGUUAUACCGAUGUUGCUCAUUUAAUUGCAAAUUCUGGUUUAAGAAUCGAUUAUAGACAUCCAUAAACAUGAUAACGUGGCGAAGUGUGUUGCAUUUGUUUCUGGAAACGAUAGUUCUCGACUGUCGAACACUUGUCGAAUAAUUUGUUGUUUCGACGAAUUUGUCGAUUGACGGGAUUAAUAUAGAUGUAGUAUGGAUUGUUGCGGUAAAUGAACACAUCGGUAUUCGGUCCACAUUCCGUGCUCGUCCUAGCACGGUCGUCGCUCGAUUUUUGCACACCUUAUUGCCUGAUCGCAUCUCUCCGUUUGACACAUAGCUUAGUAUACCGGUUUUGUUUUCAAUUGUUCCUUUGCAUUUUGUGUGGUUUUUUGAUUUUGUUUUGUUUAAAUUAAAUUGUAACGCUUGAACGGUUUUGUGUUGAAUAUAAUUUGAUUUGUUGUUUUGUUUUUGCACAUUCCAGUUAUGCUAACUUAGGUUAUAUGCGCACAUGUAAUAUAAUGACAUUAAUUGUUAUUGAAAUGUAUGUAAUAACCAAUGAAGAAAUCGUAUCAUUGACGUGUUUCAUAACAGCACCAUAAAUCGUUUGAAUAGAGAUGUAACCUUCCACGCAUGAGUCAUGGUCGCAUUGUGUAUAUAUGAUGGCAUGAAUAAUCGAUUUCUUUAAUCGAGAUAAAGUAUCGAUGACAAAAGUAACAUCGAUUUGUAGGCGAGAUGCUUACUGAUAAAAUUGAUGGAAAAGUAGAUAGAAGAUAUAUGACUUUUAAAUGCAAUCUAACGUAAAUUCAAAAUGUAUAGAAAUAUGAGAUUGGUGAAAAGCAAUCGUAAGUGCUAAUUUGAAAUAUGUAUUGAUUUAUUUUACUUACUGU